AUGUGCGCGGAUCUCGUGGCACGAGUGCCCCUCAUUAUCCAAGCAGCACUGCACGCUGCCGCCACUUCUCCCGCAGCCGCCGCCUCUACGCUGUCGGACAUUCGUGAAGUCAUCGUCUUUGGGGGUGGUUCACGUAUCCCCGUCAUCCAGUCGGCCAUCCUCUCUGCGACUAAAAUGCAAACGCUGGGAAAGAAUGUGAAUUCGGAUGAGGCAGCAGCCAUGGGCGCGAUCUACCAGGCCGCCUCCAACACUCGCGGUUUUCUGGUGAAAAAAAUCGUCCUUCGCGGGUCAACUCGUUAUCCGCUGGCUGUCACUUUACCGCGCAUCUCCGCUGACAAUGACACAAAUUCUGCCGAGGGAGAACUUAUCACCCGCGUCCUUUUCCCCGCCAGUAACCCCUUUCCACAAAAGCGCACCAUCAAGUUCCCUCGGCCGCAGAAAGACAUCUCCUUCCAGGUUCACUACUCUGAGACCCCUGAAAAUCUCUCCAGGUACCUUAACAGAGCCGAGGCGGUUAUGAAUGUGAGCAUCUUGGACGUGAAAGCAGUAAUAGAGAAAUUUGAGGAGAGUGGACACUCAGCUCAAGCAGUGAAGACUCAUCUGGAAUUGGAUGCUAGCGGUAUCCUCCAGCUCUCCGAGGUCAACCUCAUCAUGACUCAUGAGGAACAGCAAAAUAAAAGCAACGGUACGACCUCUACCCUUAAAAAAUUCGCCGACGGAAUUUCGAAUCUCUUUGGAUCGGGCGAAAGAAAGGCAUCGGAGGACAAGGCCAAGCCUCCGGAUGCGUUGGAGCAAACGAGAGGAGAUAACGAGACAUUGAUUCAUCCGCUGUCGUUCCAAGUGCAAAUCCUUGAUCUUGUGAGUCCCCCAGUGGAGUCUGUCGGUGCAUCGAUGGCCAUUCUACGGGAAUACGAUGCCGCCGACAAUGAGCGCGACUUGUUGAAUGCGGCUAAGAAUGAUUUGGAACGAACAAUCUUUACAACUCUGAGCGACAUCGAGAUUUCCUUUGACAAUCAUGCCACAGAGGUAGAAUUGGAGGCGCUAAGUGCCACCGUCGAUGAGACCUCCCGGUGGUCAAUGAUCUCAUCCCUCUGUAUUAGUCCUAUUCUUGUAAUCAUUGAACAGACACUGGGUCUACAUGUGGUGGAGGAGCAUUUGGCCAAGCUGCGCGAAGUCGUGGAUCCCUACAAGCGUCGGGUGCGGGCCUUUGCGGAGCUGCCAGCAGCCAUGACCAAGCUGGAAGAAUUGUUGACCUCCAAGGCGCAGGCUAUCGGCAUUGUAAUGCGUGCCAAUAGUGCACUCGAGACUGUCACUGCCUCAGAGUUCGUCCAGGCCCUCAACGAAACGCUUGGAAAGGAGGAGGAGGAGAAGAAAGUGGGUCUCCCCAUCUAUACCCAGGAGGAGGUUGAGGCACUAAGGAAACUCAUUGCCGAGACUCAGACGUGGUUGAUGGAGGUGCGCACGUUGUUGGCGAACUGUGACCGCAGGGCGGACCCCCCAGUGCGUCUGGUGACGGUGAUGGAGCGUACGGCGGCGCUGGAUGCGAAACUUGAUUAUUUUGGGCAUAAGGGGGAGAUUUGGUUCACCACCUACAAGCGCCUCUUCGAUAUCAAGAAGCUUGCCCUUGCUGAGGCUGCUCGUAAAGCUGAAAUCGCUGGCAACGCGACUGCGGAAAAUGCUACGGUCGUUGAAGCUCCUCAAGUGGAAGAAGAGCAAUCAGCCACCGAGGAGUCUGAGACCAUUCCAGAACCUAAGAGUGAGUACUCAUGUUUAAGUACUACCUGUCUUCAAACUCGAUCGUUUAUUUUUUGGCAGAAGUGCUUAACAAGAAUGCCACUUUAUCCAGUUACACUUUCGUAG